GUUUGUGUCCAUGACACACUGUACAGACAGAGGCUGAGAGGUUGUAACGGUCUGAGGGUAUAGGCUCCAUGGAGCUCUCCUCCGACUCCGGAUGGAUGAUGUUGCCUACUCCAGACUCGGACGCUUCUCCUGCAGCCUUGGGGCAGGGAACCGGGUACAUAGAGCCAUCAUUAUUAUCUCUGGAGGAAGUGGAUGGAUUCCUCAGUCAUAUUGAUUCUCCAGGAUAUACCUAUUUCCACACACACCCACCUCACCCUCAAGCACGAACAUCUUACAGCCAAGUUCCAGCUCGUUUGCACGCUGGUUCUAUGUGCCACCCUCACUUUCUGCACACGCAAGCUUACCCUUGGCUGGAGGGCAGUAAAUCAAGUCCUUCUGUGGUCCAGCAACCCAUCACAUGGUCACAGAGUCCUUUGGGGAAGUCUGCUGGAGGAACCUCGGUCGGGAUCUCGUCGGUGUAUCCAGGCCCAUGCGCUCAUGGCUCGGCCCCGUUGGCCGCGCGCUGCAGCUCUCAGUUCUACUACCUACCCCCUACACCGCCCACUGCCGCAGCUCCAGAGCCGGACGUCACCAAGUACCCGGCAGUUCUUCUCGAUGGGACCAAAAUGCAGAGCACAGGCCCUCUCCGAAAUUGUACGGGGCACGAGGCAGAUCCUGCGCGCGCGUUUCCGGCGUAUGCAUUAGCAGGAGCACGCGAGCACGGGGCCGGUCUGUUCUGCAGGAGUGCGGGAGAUUUAACGGCCAAAGCAAAGAGCAAAGAGUGCACUGGUUCAGAAGGACGUGAGUGUGUGAACUGUGGGGCUACUUCCACUCCCUUGUGGCGGCGAAAUGCCACAGGCCAUUAUCUGUGUAACGCAUGUGGACUUUACCACAAGAUGAAUGGCCAGAACCGACCACUCAUCAAACCCAAACGUCGACUGUCAGCAGCCAGGAGAGCAGGUACGUGCUGUGCAAACUGCCACACGGGCACUACUACACUGUGGAGACGUAACACCAAUGGAGAGCCUGUUUGCAAUGCCUGUGGUCUCUACUAUAAACUGCACAAUAUGAACCGCCCACUCACUAUGAAGAAGGAAGGCAUUCAGACUCGCAACAGAAAAAUGUCCACCAAAUCGAAACGAAGGAGAGGCGAGAGCUCUCAUCAGUUUCACUUUAGCAGAUUCAUGCAGGACAAACCACAUGCCUUUAACCACAUCACCAGUAUUUCUCACCAUAUUAACAUGACUCCACCUGUCGAGUUUCAUCCAGCCUUCAGCCACAUGCACCAUGCUAACUUGGUGACUGCCAUGAGCUGAGCACCACAUGGAGGUCUUUUUUGUGGAUUUGUGAAAUCAGAGACUUUUAUUUAAGUGCUUAUACACUUUUAGAGUUACAUGUUUUUGUACAUUCACAUAUUGAAGCUAGCUAACUAAAUGAGGUUGUUGAUUUAAAAAAAUAUCAUUAGCUGACUGUAUAAUAAAGUGCACUUUAUAUCAAAACUCGAUGAUAUGUUCUAGGGAGGUUUGCAAAAUGCAAGGGACUUUCUAUGGAAACACUGCAUUUCAGAAAUCUUUUGAAUCACCCAGUCACAACAUCUGAGUGUUGUAAAAGAGUUACAGAGGAAAAACCUGGGGUUUCUAGAGCAUGUAAGUGUGUGUAUGUCUGAUAAAACUGUGAAUGUUGAACAUUGCAAAAAAAAAAGUGUUAUUUAGUUCUUCCUGAUACUACCCCACUUCUACCUCCACCCUUCCUCCAUUAAUGAGUCCCAUUCACGUGGCAGCAAAAUCCCAAUUUUUAUUAUUAUUAUUAUUUUUAAGGAAACAACACAUUUAGCAGUGUUCCAGGAACUGGAUGUCCCUGUUCUGCUCACAGUACAAUUUCGGUGAAGUUGAAGUGUUCUUAUAUUUAUGCAUUUCAGUAAAUAAAGUGCUAUUUAUCUGGUCUGGUUAGAGAAGUGUCCAUUCCAGUGAUUCUGAUUCUGAAUCUUGGUCAUUUAUAGACCUUGUGCUGAUAGCUACAGUGGAUAUAGAAAGUGUACACACCCCGUUAAAAUGACAGGUUUUUCUGAUAUAAAAAAAUGAGACCACGAUAAAUAAUUUAAAAACUUUUCCCACCUUUAAUGUGACCUAUAACCUGUACAAUUCAGUUGGAAAAGCAAACAAAUCUGUUCAGGGGAAAAACAUAAAAAAUAAAAAACGUACAGUAAGCUGGUUGCAUAAAAGUGUGCACGCCCGUAAACUAAUACUUUGUUGAAGCACCUUUUGAUUUAAUUACAGCAUUCAGUCUUUUUGGGUCGGAGUCUAUCAGCCUGCCACAUCUAGACUUGGCAAUAUUUGCCCACUCUUCCUUGCAAAAGCGCUCCAGAUCUGUCAGAUCGUGAGGGCGUCUCUUGUGCACAACCCUCUUCAGGUCACCCCACAGAUUUUCAAUUGGAUUUAGGUCUGGGCUCUGGCUGGGCCGCUGAAAGAUGAAAUUCAUCUUCAGCUUUCUAGCAGACACCUGAAGGUUUUAGGCCAAAAUUGACUGGUAUUUAGAACUGUUCAUAAUUCCCUCCACCUUGAUAAAGCCCCUGUUCCAGCUGAAGAAAAACAACCCCAAAACAUGAUGCUGCCACCACCAUGCUUCACCGUGGGUAUGGUGUUCUUUUGGUGAUGCACAGUAUUGUUUUUACAUCAAACAUACCUUUUGGAAUUGUGGCCAAAAAGUUCAACCUUGGUUUCAUCAGACCAUAACACAUUUUCCCACAUGCUUUUGGGAGAGUUGAUGUUUUUUGUUGUUGUUGUCAUUGUUUUGUUUUUUUGUUUUUUUUUGCAAAAUUUAGCCGGGCCUGGAUGUUUUUCUUUGACCCUACCUCAUAGUCCAGAAAUAUGGAGAAUAUGGGAGAUUGUUACAUGUAGUACACAACCAGUACUUGCCAGAAAUUCCUGAAGCUCCUUCAGUGUUGCUGUCGGCCUCUUGGCAGCCUCCCUGACCAGUUUUCAUCUUGUCUUUUCAUCAGUUUUGGAGGGACGUCCAGUUCUCGGUAACGUCACUGUUGUCCCAUAUUUUCUCCACUUCUUGAUGACUGUCGUCACUGUGCUCCAUGGUAUAUCUAAUGCUGUGGAAAUUUUUUUGUACACUUCUCCUGACUGAUAGCUUUCAACAAUGAGAUCCCUUUGCUGCUUUGUAAGCUCUCCGUGAACCCUGGCUUUUGCUGGAGGAUGGAACUGAGUAAAUGUCUGAACUUCAUUUGGGGUUAAUCAGAGUCAUUUUAAUUGAUGGCAGGUGUGAACCCAAAAAGACUGAAUGCUGUAAUUAAAUCAAAAGGUGCUUCAACAAAGUAUUAGUUUAAGGGUGUGCACACUUAUACAACCAGCUUA